AUCUAAGAUCCUGAAAUGUUUGAUCAAAACUAAUGAAAUUCCUCGCACAAUUAUACCAAAUCGGUUGCCAAAUUGAACAAAGAUAACGUAAAAAAGUAGAGAUGAGGAAAGAAGUGAUAGUCGGAGCGUCCGUGGCGACGGUGGCGACAGUAGUGGUGGCCGGAGUGCUGUUGGCUCGUUGGAAGAAACGAGAUGAGAGACGGUGGAGACAGACGCAACGGAUACUACGUAGAUUCGCUAGAGACUGCGCCACUCCGGUGCCGAAGCUAUGGCAUGUUGCGUUCGAUUUGGUUUCCGAUAUGCAAACGAGCCUCUCCGAUCAAUCUCAGACGGAUUUCGUCAUGCUUCCAUCUUACACCUCCUCGCUUCCCAACGGUAAUGAGGAAGGUUUGUAUUACGGGGUGAAUUUACGUGAAGAUAAUUUCUUAUUGUUGAGUGCGCGGCUUAGAGGAAAACACGAACCGAUCACUGAUUUGCAAAGAGAAGAAGUCGAUAUCCCCACUGAAGUCAUUUCCGGUAGUUUAAAGGAACUGUUCGAUUUCAUAGCAUUGAAGCUAGCUGUGUUCAUUUCAACAAAAACAAAAACAGAUCCAAUUGCUCCAAAAGGAAAACUAGGGUUCACUGUGUCAUUUCCAUUACUUGAAGGACCUGCGGCAGCUGCAACUAGCAAAAACGUUAUACGAUGGAAAUCCUUCUCUGUUAACGACGCAGUCGGAAAAGAAUUAGCACAUGAAGUCAAUGAAGCGUUGGGAAAACAUGGAAUCGAUUUACGAGUUUCUGCAUUGGUAGAUGCUACGUUAGGGGAUCUCGCCGGAGGUCGGUAUUACAACCGGGAAAGUGUCGCCGCCGUUACUCUUGGGCUAGCUACUAACGCCGUUUACGUCGAAUCAGCUCAACUCAGCCCUAACGCCGGCGAAUCAAAAUUGGGCGAAAUGGUAAUCGAUAUGCAAUGGGGCAAUUUCAAUACUCCACAUCUUCCGAUAACAGAAUUUGACACAGCUUUAGAUUCUGAGAGCUCAAAUCCUGGAUGUCGGAUGUUUGAGAAACUGAUCGGAGGGAUUUAUCUAGGAGAAGUGGUGAGGAGAGUUUUGCUUAAAAUGGCGAGAGAAACUGCAAUUUUUGGUGAAAGUGUUCCGGCUAAACUCAAAACGCCGUAUACUUUGCGGUCGCCGGACAUGGCUGCCAUGCAUCAAGAUACAUCGGAAAAUCGGGACGCCGUUCACGAGAAGCUCUUGGAAGUUUUUGGGAAAAGUCCGGAUUAUAUAAUUUUAUACGAUAUUUAG